GCAAAAUGCUGACCACACACAAAAGUGUCAUCUCAACCACCCUUUUCUCUUCCUUUUGUGUGAAGGUGAAGGUGAAGGCGAAGAAGAACAUCAAUGGAAAACCAAGAAUUUCAAUGGCAAAAAAGGAUAACUUUUCUCAAAAGUCAACGCUCAAUUCUUCAUUAAAGAUUGUUUCUCAAGCUGCUGUUGCUGUUCUUGGAUUGGGAUUCGUUGAUGCUGGGUAUAGUGGAGACUGGUCAAGAAUUGGGGUGAUCUCAAAAGAAACCGAAGAUUUACUCAAAGUAGUAGCUUUUCUUGUAAUUCCUUUGUGUUUUUUCAUCAUAUUUAACAUCUCCAAGACACGUGAGGAAUGAGUUUGGGAUUAAUUUUUCGAAUUAUAAUAAGCUAUCAAAUAUUUAUAUUCUAUUAUGACAAUUGGAAGUGGUAAAUUAAACGGGUUGAGGGUUGG